CCUUUGGACCUUGCAACCAGCUGAGAUGUUUUUCUUGAGAAACCAGGUUGAACUGCACAGGAGGCCUCUGGAGGAUUUAUUGGACCACAGACUCUAUUUGUUCUUCUGAGGCAGGGAGGCCUGGAUGCAGCCCUGUGCUGAGUAUCUAAUGUGCGCAGGUAGUUUCUCUAUUUGAAUGUGGAGGAAAGCAGCUGCAGCUAGUGGAUGCUCCCUUGAUUCUGGACUCUUCCUUGAUUGUUCACUGUCCCUCCUGAACAUUCUCUUACACUUUGCACUGGAUUUUGCAUCGUCUCACUUGCUCUCCUCUGUGGCCCUGUGAAGCAGGUAGGGCAGGGAUUAUCUUCAUUUCACAGAUGACAAAGCUGAUCACUGGAGAUUCCAUCGUUAGUGCUGAGGCAGUAUGGGAUCACGUCACCAUGGCCAACCGGGAGUUGGCAUUUAAGGCUGGCGACGUCAUCAAAGUCUUGGAUGCUUCCAACAAGGAUUGGUGGUGGGGCCAGAUCGACGAUGAGGAGGGAUGGUUUCCUGCCAGCUUUGUGAGGCUCUGGGUGAACCAGGAGGAUGGGGUAGAGGAAGGGCCCAGUGAUGUGCAGAAUGGGCACCUGGACCCCAACUCAGACUGCCUCUGUCUGGGCCGGCCACUGCAGAACCGGGACCAGAUGCGGGCCAAUGUCAUCAAUGAAAUCAUGAGCACUGAGCGCCAUUACAUCAAGCACCUCAAGGACAUUUGUGAGGGCUACCUGAAGCAGUGCCGAAAGAGAAGGGACAUGUUCAGCGAUGAGCAACUGAAGAUCAUCUUUGGGAACAUUGAAGACAUCUACAGGUUUCAAAUGGGCUUUGUGAGAGACCUGGAGAAGCAGUACAACAAUGACGACCCCCACCUCAGCGAGAUAGGACCCUGCUUCCUGGAGCACCAAGAUGGAUUCUGGAUAUACUCUGAAUACUGUAACAACCACCUGGACGCCUGCAUGGAGCUCUCCAAGCUGAUGAAGGACAGCCGCUAUCAGCACUUCUUUGAGGCUUGUCGCCUCUUGCAGCAAAUGAUCGACAUUGCUAUUGAUGGUUUCCUUUUGACUCCAGUCCAGAAGAUCUGCAAGUAUCCCUUACAGCUGGCUGAGCUCCUCAAGUAUACCGCCCAAGACCAUAGUGACUACAGGUAUGUGGCAGCUGCUCUGGCUGUCAUGAGAAAUGUGACUCAGCAGAUCAAUGAACGCAAGCGGCGUUUGGAGAAUAUCGACAAGAUCGCCCAGUGGCAGGCCUCUGUCCUGGACUGGGAGGGUGAGGACAUCCUAGACAGGAGCUCAGAGCUGAUCUACACCGGGGAGAUGGCCUGGAUCUACCAGCCGUAUGGCCGCAACCAGCAGCGGGUCUUCUUCCUGUUUGACCACCAGAUGGUCCUCUGCAAGAAGGACCUGAUUCGGAGAGACAUCCUAUACUACAAAGGCCGCAUUGACAUGGAUAAAUAUGAGGUAGUUGACAUCGACGAUGGCCGAGACGAUGACUUUAAUGUCAGCAUGAAGAACGCUUUUAAGCUUCACAACAAGGAGACUGAAGAGGUACACCUGUUCUUUGCCAAGAAGCUGGAGGAGAAGAUACGCUGGCUCAGGGCUUUCAGAGAAGAGAGGAAGAUGGUACAGGAAGAUGAAAAAAUUGGCUUUGAAAUUUCUGAAAACCAGAAGAGACAGGCUGCAAUGACUGUGAGAAAAGUCUCUAAGCAAAAAGGUGUCAACUCUGCCCGCUCAGUUCCUCCUUCCUACCCACCACCGCAGGACCCAUUAAACCAGGGCCAGUACCUCGUCCCUGAUGGCAUCGCUCAGUCGCAGGUCUUUGAGUUCACCGAACCCAAGCGCAGCCAGUCACCAUUCUGGCAAAACUUCAGCAGGUUAACCCCCUUCAAAAAAUAAUACCUACAGGGAGGCAGAUAAUUUUAAAAUAAAUAAAAUUAUAUUUAUAGAUGGACCUUUUUUCGGAGAAGCACUGUUGAAAUUUAUAUAUAUAUAUAUACACAUAUAUAUAUGGACAUAUACACACACAGCGACCCUUGAGUGUACACACACACACACACACACACACACACACACACACACACAUGCAUACAAGGACCAAAAACCGUUUUCUGUUGUUUUUGGGAAGUGAAAUCUAUAGUUGGUAGGAAGAGGUACCAAUGACUUCCAGACAUGUGAUCCCUUCUUAAAAGUUUUUUGUUGUUCUUAUUCUGUCCCCUUCCCCUUUACUUUCAGAAAUCAACACUUCUAUUUGUUCCUUCUCUUGUUGAGAUAAUCUUUUUGCUCUCCUGUGAGUGCUUCAAACUGACUUGUCACGAUUACCAUAGAUGUGUUUGUAUUGGUUUUCCCCUUUCCUGAUGAUAUUGAUGCUGAUUACUUUUGAAUUUACUUUAAUGUGGUGGGGUUUGGGAGUUUGGCAUUUUUUCCCUUUUACUUUUUACUAGGUAAAGGGAGGGUCUCCUUUCUCCUCUCUUACCAGCUGACCAUCUAUCUGCGAAUGUUUCUGCUGCCCUGCAGUUGCCCCAAACAGCCUUUCCCCUGCAUCUUCUGUUCUCAGUCGUGCGAGUCUGGACGUGCUCUGUCGUGCCUGUGACAUACCGCUCAAUAUUUCUAUUGCUUUCACUGUGUUGUAGAGGGAUCGAAACCAAACAGAAGUAAGGGAGUGUCAGACUAUAAUGAUGCUGGAGACAACAUCCGUUCAGGGAAUAUUCUGUAUCUGGGCUGUUUCUUCUCCUAGCACUGGGGUUUCCCAUGAUGCAGUGCUGCUGAGUCAUGACAGUUUUGUAUCUGGCAUGUAGUUUGGCAAAUUCUGCUCUUCUUCCAGAUGCUUUGGUUAUGGUUUUCCUUCUAAGCCUGUCCCUCUCCUAACCUAAAAGAUCUGAACCGAAGCAAACAGGCUGAGUCUCUCUGCCUCCCGAGGGAGGAAUCCAACUGCCUCCUGGACCAAGUAGGUUUAAGACAGGGCUCCCCUCUGCAGUCAGUCCGAAAGCCCAGUCGUCCCUGUUUCCAUUUGCAGAUUGUUUAGGCAGCAUCAAUAGGUAUCUACAAAGGGGUAAGGACAGAGUCUACCCUACCCGACCAAGGUCAUCGGCUGCCUUGAAAUUAUUGACCUGGACAAGAUCCAAGGCCGACAGUCACCCCUUACAGGGAAGCACAGGGAUGGGUAUGGAAAGAGACAGCCUUGGCCCGGAAUGCGUACGUGCAGUUCCUACCAUUCAAGUGAUUUGCGACUUCCCCCAUUGUUAGCAGAUUGCAUGGACAAUCUUCCAUGGCCCUUGCCCUCUUCCUGUCUUUCUUCUUUCUCCUGCUCUGCUGGCACAGGAGGAUUGCUGGUAUUAACAUAGUUAAAGCACUUCUGGCACUUGAAGAAGGCCCUGUUUCCAGCAUUCUCCCAUCUCAAGACAUUUGAAGCAAGUAAGGACCCCAGGGAGACUUUUCCCUAUGGAGAAAGGAUCUGAAACCGCGAUCCUAUACUUAGGCUCCCUUUUGGCAGAAUUUCGCUUGAGUAAAACUAACUUCUCCCACAAAGAGUUUCCUGUGGGUGCAAGAGUAUUGGCUUCUCCUCCCCCACAUGGCCCAUUGGGUGGAUAGACCUUGAACAGCAAGAAGAAUGGAGGACAGAGGAGUGAGGAUUGACUUUGCUCUGGAGCACCACUCUAGUGAGGAGUCUGGACAUUGUGAGUCUGUCCGGGACCCUGUGGAAGACUUCAUCAUGAAAGGACCUCAGCUUACUGAGCACCGGCCAUGGCUAUGUGGGGCUCUCAGUGUAGCUGGCUUGAUUGCCGCUCUGUGUUUCCUGACCCAGGCCUGGGGAUUUUUUUUCUCUGUGGGCAUCAAAUUACAAGCUGUUUCAGCUUCCAUUCCACCACACCCAGAGCAGACUUUUGGAGUGAGCCAAGGAUAAGUAAGCUUGAGCUGGGCAGAGGGUCGGGGCUCGGGACCGGCCACCUCUAUUCUGCACAUAACCUAGCUUCUUAAGCCCUCUUGGCAAGGAACCAGGUACGCAGUGCCUAAGACAGAAAGACCUCCCUGGCAAGCAGAAUAUGUGUCAGCAGCUCUGCAGGCCUCCCGUGAAUGUAUGUUCUUUCCUACUUGCCAUUCCUCUCCACUAGCCUUGGCCUUGGUGUCUUUCACCAGGGUCUUACAGCCCACAAAGAGGGGAUGCUUAGACAAGUCCCUGGACCUCCAGCAUCUCUUGGGCAACCUCCCUUUUCCCCGUGCUCCCUUGGGCCUGUACCCAACGCUAUAGGAUCAGGGAUAUCAGCACCCACCCCUCAUCCAUCCAUCUCUCAUCCACUCAACCCACUGGCCUCGCCAGAUGUCAGUAACUUGUGAAAACAACACAUCAGUUCAUCCUUGGUUGUAGUGUUCCCCCAGCCUAUGGCAGCAAAUCAAACCAGCGGCCAGCAGCCCCAUGGGGAGCCCCCCUUAUCUGGGCUCAUGCUCCCAGCCUAUCCUGUGUUCUGACAGCAGUGCUAUCCCCAAGAACUGUGUAAAUCUUCGUUUCUGCAUGGCCCUGAGCUCCCUUUCCCUCAGCUCAAUGAGGCCUGGAUUUGCUCUUUAAAAGGCUUUGCUGAUGUGUUCUGUGGGCCCUGCUGUGGGAUGGUCCUAACACAGAAUUCCAACUCCUCUUUCCCUCUCCCUCUCCCCGCUUCUCUUUCUGUGUAUAUCUGUAAUGGAUUUAUAAGGACAGCAACAAGAGAGUUCUAGCAAUUCUAGUGUAAAGCCAAAUAGUGAUCUUUUAGUGCUCUGGGGCUGGGGGGGGUGCUGGGGUG